AACCUGAAUGCGCCGCUGAUUGUCCUGGGCAACUUCUUGGCUGGAGUUGGCGUUCUCUUCAUAGGACCAAGUCCUAUCCUGCCUUUCUUGUCCGUUAACAUCGGAGUUAUCGCCGUUGGUUUGGCAGUUCUUGGAUCCUUCAACAAUUGUGGGCUGAUUCCGACAAGGAACUGUUUGUUUAUUGGGGCAAAGAAUCUGGGCUUUGAGAACAACCUGGACACCCAUGGGAUUGUCUCUGGGAUGUUCAGCUCGGUCUACUGUCUGGGUGCGUUUGUUGGUCCUAUUGUCAGCGGUGUGUCGGUGCAAGAGAUUGGUUUCCGCCACAGUACCACCGUGUUUGCAAGUUUUUUUUUUGUUUCAGUAA